UUGCGCCGGACUACACAGACGACGGACCACAUACCCCUCCACUACGCCGACAGACGACUUGCUGCCCUCGCGUCGGCGCAUUCGCAGAUCACAAACAUGGGAGACCGCGAGAGGGAUAUCGAGGAGGGCAACGAGGCGCUCGACCCCGAGCUGCUCUACACGAAAGAGUACUGCAUCGGCGGAGGAAGCUUCGGCAAGGUCUACAAGGGCGUCGACAAGCGCACCGGCCACGCCGUCGCCAUCAAGAUCAUCGAUAUCGAGAGUGCCGAGGACGAGGUCGAAGACAUCAUCCAGGAGAUCGCCAUCCUGUCGGAGCUGCAAUCCCCAUACGUCACAAAAUACUACGGGUCCUACGCCAAGGGCGCAGAGCUAUGGAUUGUCAUGGAGUUCUGCUCCGGCGGGAGCUGCGCCGAUCUUAUGAAGCCCGGCUUGAUCGGCGAGGACUACAUCGCCAUCAUCAUCCGUGAACUGCUGCUCGGUCUCGACUACCUGCACUCGGACAAGAAGCUACAUCGUGAUGUCAAAGCCGCGAACGUGCUCCUGAGCUCUAAUGGCCAGGUGAAGCUCGCCGACUUUGGCGUUUCCGGACAGCUCUCGGCGACCAUGACCAAGAAGAACACCUUCGUCGGUACCCCUUUCUGGAUGGCGCCCGAGGUCAUUAAGCAAUCGGGCUACGACCACAAGGCAGACGUGUGGUCGCUCGGCAUCACCGCCUUGGAGCUUGCCAACGGCGAGCCUCCCUACGCCGACAUCCACCCCAUGAAGGUCCUCUUCCUGAUCCCCAAGAACCCGCCGCCGCGACUGGAAGGGAACUUCACCAAGGCUUUCAAGGACUUCAUUGAGGCCUGCUUGCAGAGGGAUCCCAGGGAACGGCCCACGGCAAAGGACCUGCUGAAGCACCCUUUUAUACGUCGCGCGAAGAAGACGAGCUAUCUAACAGAGUUAAUUGAGCGCCAUUCCCGGUGGGCCGCUACUCACAAGGAUAACGACGAAGAGAGCGACCAGGAGAACGAGAAGUACCACGAGCGCCAGCGGGUGGACGAGGACAUGUGGGACUUUGGCACGGUCAGGCUGGUAGGCGACAGAGGCGGUGUCGUUCCUCGACCUGGACUGAACGCCCUGGACGAGUCCGCGGCGAACUCAAGAGCGACCAGGUCGGUCGAGAGCACAGAUGAUUACGGCGAGCGGCCGAGAGACCACAGCCCUACCAAGCUUCGUGAUUUCAGCCGCGACCUUGCCAUCGCUUCGGAUACGCUAAAGGCGGCGAGCGCCAAUACGGGAACAUCUCGACAAGCAUCACCGCAAAGGAAGCCAGUCCCGACAACCGCGCCCCAAUCGCCGGCGAAGGUGCCUCUUCCGGUAUCACCGGAGAAGAUGAGAGCUCCAGAGACGCCGCGGCCCGUCUCUCGACUCAUCCCACCUGCUGUCCCCGUCAGUCAAUCUCCGGACUACGACCGAGAACUACAAGCACAGUUGCAAAGAGACAUGGGCUUGCUGAGCCUAGGCCCCGUGAUCCAGCCGGCUGAGUUCCAGGCCCAAGAAACGACACCACGGCCACCGCCCCAUGGGCCGCGACCCAAUCCAAAGAUGACCCCCAUGGCUCUCCCGGAGAUCCCGCCCUACCGCGGUGGGCCACCACAGGCAUCACAACCGUCUUCAAGAGUAUCAAGCCAAUCACCGAGCGGACAGUACUCCCGCCAUGCCUCGGGUCAAGUGCCGCCCGCGCCGCCGAAGGCACACGCGCUGCCCUCAAAGACACAGGCGUCUACACCGGAGCCGGCGCCGUCCGCAUUUCCCCCGCCCGCGCCCUCGAACCCGAACGGCGAGCUGGACGCCCUUAACGACGUCAUCUUCCCAGCGCUCGAGGAGGCGCUCAAGAGGAGGCAGAUCAGGCUGCAGCAGGCUUCCCGGCCCCAGUACGGCCCCUCGAGCCCGGUGUCCAUGAACCAGGUGACGCCCAAGCAGCAGCGAGCCGAGGCGGCGCACGAGAAACUGCGCAAGCUCGUAUAUAAGCUCGCCCACGUCUGCAAAGAAAUUGACCACUACGACAAGGCGGAGCCGGUGGGUAUGGGGAGGGACGUGGGCACCUUCCUGGAGGGCCUCUUGGAAGAGAUUCUGGUCAGGGUUGAACCCCUCGACGAGGAGGAAGUUGCGGCGUGA